UCCCUUCUGUAAAGACGCACUGCAAGACGCACAAACAAAAAUGGAAUUAGAGGACUUUUAUAAUAAUGCUAAAUGCAGAAAUGUUAAGAACACAACUGGAUCUCAAAGACACUGCACUUAUGAAGGAAAAGCUCAAAGCUGCAGAGGAAAUCGAUGUUUGGUGCCGAUCACUGUGUGUCUCGGGAUCAUUUGUCUUCUUCUGAUUGCUGGCAUCAUACUGCAGCAUUUUCAGGCCACUUCUAAGCGAGGAUAUCUGUGGGGUCCAGAUGGCUUGUUCCUGUCCACUGAGUUGAAGAGCUGGUCUGACAGCAGACAGUACUGCAGGGAUCGUGGUGCUGAUCUGGUCAUUAUCAACACUGAAGAGAAGCAGAGGCACAUAUCUUCAUUUAUCAAAGAGAGAGUGUGGAUUGGUUUGUCUGACACAGAGAUCGAGGGCAUCAUGAAAUGGGUGGAUAAUUCACCACUGAAUCAAGGGUUUUGGCGCAAAAGUGAGCCAAACAACUACGGUGGAAAUGAGGACUGUAUUGAACUGAAUUUUAAAAGAGAGGAGACAGGAUGGUCACCGCUGAACAGCUGGAAUGAUGUGCCAUGCUCUGAGAAGAAAAAGGGGAUUUGUGAGAAAUAGGGUUCAUCCCGUCUUGAGGUUUUGCUUCUGUUAUCUAAUAUAAUCAUUCUUAUUGUAAACACAUAAGUUCUAAUCGAGGUCCCUGCCUUUUUAAAA